AUGUCUACCGCCAAAUCCGCCUCCUCCUUGAUACCGCGUGACCCUGCGAAGGUCAUGGUCAUAAGAGAUGUCACUCCUAAUAUCACGACCCUCAGCGUACCUUUCCUGCGGUUUGGGCACAUCAAGAUUGGCGGCCGGGGUACUUUGGUCAAGCUACAGACGGGCAAUGUGGCCGUCUUUUCACCCGUUGCGCUCACCCCGGACGUCAAGGCCAAAGUCACGUCAAUGGGUCCUAUCAAAUACAUCGUCGCGCCGGACAUCGAGCAUCACAUCUUCAUUUCUACAUGGGCCAAAGAAUACCCCGAAGCGGAAGUGAUCGGGAUGGAGGGGCUGCCGGAGAAGAGAGAAGGCGAUCCGGCCACCAAAGGCACAAAAUUUGCACAUGUUUUCUCCGCAAAGAACAAGCUUGACAUGCACAUCACUCCCGAAUUCGACACCGAAUUCUCCUACGAAUACUUUGACUCCCACACCAACAAGGAGCUGGUCUUUCUCCACAAGCCCAGCAGGACCAUGAUCGAGGCCGAUCUGCUCUUCAACCUGCCGGCCACCGAACAAUAUUCCAAGGCCGGAGUUGCCGCGGGAUCCGGAAUCUUGACGAAGCUCUUUGCAGGCAUAAUGAACACCAAGGGCGAGAUGACCUGGCAGAAGCGCUUUCUCUGGUACGCCGCCGCCGGCAAGGACAGGAAGGGCUUUGCCGAGUCGGCGAAGAGAAUCAAGCAGUGGGAUUACGACCGAUUCAUCCCUUGUCACGGGGACGUUAUCGAGUCGGGCGGCAAGGCGAUUGUCGACCGAGCCACCGCGUGGUUCACCGAGGGCAAGCAUUGA